AUGAGUUCACAAUCGAUAAUAAUAUAUGUUGUGUUAUCACUAAAUUCUUUUAAUUUAAAGGCUGAUAUUCUGAAUGUGGAACAUAGGCUUAAAGAACUUUCUACGUCGACAAAUAGUGAGAGUAAUUUGGAAUUUCUAUACCCAAAGGAAUGUUUCGAAAUUUUGGAAUCCUUUUCAUAUAGUGCAUCAAAUUUGACGAUGUGUUCAAUAGUAAAUGCUAGACCUGUCAGAUUGUGUGAAAAGUGUAUUGAUAAAUAUUUAGACUUCCGUAAUAAAUAUGAAGAGUUACAUAAAACAAGUAUUAAUGGUACAACAUGCAGUUCAGUUUUAAUUUCUCAUGACAGGUUGGAAGUGGUAUUGCAAUACCAUAACGGUAUUAUAGAAAUUUGGAAUAAAGGAAAUUGCAAUAGCUGUUUUGACUGGAAUGGUAAUGUACCAACAUUAAGUAAUGAUACAAAACAUUUUAAUACACUUUUUAAUGAAACAAUGAAAUGUUUAAUAAAUAACUUUGAUCCUCAAAACAAUGCUACAGUAUGUGAAAAAUGUAUGCAAUAUUACCUAGAGUUAGAUACAUUUUAUUCAAGUUUAAGUACAGAUGCUAUUGGACUAGAUAGUAUUUGUAUGGAUGUGGUGGAUUCAAUGAAUUCAACAAGAAGUAUUUGGAGCAAGACACUCAAUUGUUGCAAGCUACGUAUAUCACCGGAAGUUGUGUUUUUAUGCAGUGCUGGAUUAAUAUCAUUUUUGCCUUUAAUUUUUUAUUUGUCUGUAAGAUAUUGUGGACCAAUCAGAGAUUUACCUAAAGUACUAAGAGAAUCAAGGUUUAAACAAACAAUUUUGAGAUCAGUGAAUUCCAGGGAAGACUGA